AUGGUGACGGCGGCGAGCGGGCGGCGCGGAUGCACCCCGCCACGGCGGGAACCCCGCGGCUCCCCCUGCCUCUGCCCGCGGCUCCCGGCACGGCGGCGGCGCCCGGGGACGGGGCCAGCGGCGGCGGCGGUGGCGGAGAGCCCGCAGGAACUGCAGGCUUUCCGCGACUACGGCGAGAGCUGGUACCGCUCCCGCAAGGGGCUGGAGAGCCGCUUCCAGCCGCGGGAGCCGCUCGCCCGGCAGCCGCAGGUGACGGCGGAGGCGCGCUGCAAGCUGGUGAGCUGGCUCAUCCCUGUGCACCGGCACUUCGGGCUCUCCUUCGAGGCGCUCUGCCUCACCGUCAACACCCUCGACCGCUUCCUCGCCACCACCCCUGUGGCCGCAGACUGCUUCCAGCUCCUGGGGGUGACGGCGCUGCUCAUCGCCUCCAAGCAGGUGGAGGUGCACCCCCCCAGCGUAAAGGAGCUUCUCGCCCUGUGCUGCGGCGCCUUCAGCGUCCAGCAGCUCCGCAACCUGGAGUGCAUCGUCCUGCUCCGCCUGGGCUUCGACCUGUCGGCGCCGACCAUCAGCUUCUUCCUGGAGCACUUCAGCCAGGUGCGGCUGCAGGCGCAGGGCGCCGACGCGGCGGAGGCAGCGGACGCCCGGAUCCUGGCGGGCGGCAUCGCUGAGCUCAGCCUCGCGGACUACGCCUUCAUCGGGUACACCCCGUCGCUGCUGGCCGCCGGCAGCCUAGGGCUGGCGGACCGGCUGCUGGGCCACCGCUGCCCCCUGGACCUGCGGAUCAGCGGCUACCCGGAGGAGCUGCUGCGGGACUGCAUGGAGCAACUCCAGCUCCUGGUGUCGCUGAACGGGCAGUCCCUGCCCCUCCUCCUGCCCCCAGAGGUGGUCCAGAAGUGCCCCUGGCUGCGGGGAGGCCGCUGA